AUGACGGCUGCUCGUCGCAAGCAGCAAUUUCAGAUGCCUAUCAAGGACGCCUAUGCCACCCUUCGUUCAAACGCGUUCACGGGAGCAGCAGAGGAGCUGCGCACCCUCCGUCGGACAUUGGCCAAACUCGCCGUCUUCUAUGGUGUCGAGCACAGCAAGGCGUCGGUCAUCUCAGGGGAUAAAGUGGCUGUGUCGUGCGCACACGAGGGCUGUGCGUUCCGCGUUGAGAGCCAGAGCAGUGGCCAAGAGGGUGGCGAACAGCAACCGGACAAGGAGCCGCUGCUGCGCGUACAAGCACACACGUGCGACGAUGCCACGUGUCAUAUCAGCCCGGCAACACUUGCCCUUUUCAACCCGUUUGUGGAUGGCGAUCUUCGCGUCAUCCAACGCAAGGUGGACACCACAUAUGGGUUUGCGUUCACAUUGGUGGAGGCAGCGGAGUAUCAGCGCCAUGCACUGCAUGAGCGGGCUGCCCGCUCCACUGAGCAACCCAGCGGCAAAGAUGACCUCACCACCACCAGCACCAGCACCACCAGCACCGACACAAAGUUGCCAGGUCAGCACGCACAGGCCAUCAUCCUGCUCCCCUCGUACAUCACCCCGGUCGUCACCAACGACAGGCCGCAUACCAGGGUCGCUGCCGUCGUCCAAAUCGUCGUCAUCGCCGUCACGGUCGCCAUCGCGAACAGCAGCAUCGAAUGUGGCGGCUUCACCGGCUCCAACACGGCCACUCAAGCACCCAAACAGCAGCAGCAGCAACAACAACAGUCGUCGACGUCACGUAUUGAUGCGUUUCACCACUUCAAGUGCGAGAUGCUUUCGCGCGUGUCACCACGCAUGCUCAUUCUCCGCACUGCCAUGCUCCAGCCAGGCCGCCACCUCCUCAUGCUGUGCCAGGUUGCCGCUGACGCGCUUCCGUUCAUCGUCGCACACGCUGUCGCCACCGACACAGCGCAUGACACGUGUCUUGACUUUUGCACCCUCGCUUGCAAAGCCAUGCCUCACCUCACCGAUCCAAACAACAUGUUCACGUGCGUGUGUGAGGACAACUGGAGAGAUAGUUCAGCGCGCGCUGCGCUCCACUCCACCCCAUGGUGCACUGUACCAGAGUCCCACUACGUCAACAUGCCCUGGGCUAAACGCGAGGCGCUCGAGGCAACAGCAAGAGCACUCAUGCGCCGGGAGUCUGCCACGUUUCCAGUCGCAUUUGCGCAACUUGUGCGCUUCCUCAACGAAUAUGUCGACUCUACUGCAGGGCUGGACAAGAGAGAGCAGUUUGCCUGCAUCGGGCGACUGCAGUGGAUAUCCACGCGCCUGUUGUCGUCCAUUGAUGCCGUUGCAUCCGCAGCAACAACAGCGUGGCUCAGCUGUGAUACUGACGGUGACGGCCACCACGUUGAUGCUGGUGGCAGCCGUGCUGGUGGUGAUGAUGGUGGCGGUGAUAGUGGAGGCAGCGGCAAUGGUGGUGGGUAUGCGCGGGCAUGCGCGAGUGUGCAGGAUGUGAUGUACGCGUGGAUGGGAGCGAGGAAACGUCGAAUUGUGGAGGCGGAGAUGGCGCGACGAAGACGAGGCGCGAGCACACCCCGCCACGAACUCGCGAGCCUACAUGCAUUGCAGCACCAGCAGCAGCAGCAACAGCAGCAGCAGCAACAGCAAGAUGAUGAUGAUGAUGACCGCACUACCUGCUCUGGUUCACUGGCAGCACUGCCGGCCCUCCGUGAAUUGGUUGCACCAGCACUUGAUCACAUCCACCUGCAACAAUACUGGGCAAGAUACCUUUCGCUUCGUGUUGACAGCAAAGGCACCUGCACGUUCACAUACAACGAAUUGGUGCACACAAUGCGUGGUGGCACCUGCACGUGCUGCUUCGCCACGCUGCAGCCUGGGCUGCCAUGCGCCCACGUUUUGAAACGUCACGGCGCAAACGCGCGUGUCCAUGCCGUCUUCACCCAGGCCGCGCUGGUGGUGUCAUGGACCACCAUGGACCUCGGUGAACCCGCGCCGCACGCCAGCACCGCUGCUCCUGUCACAACUGCUGGUCUUUCACAAGGAUGUUCUCAGCGACGCGCCACCACCACACAGGCACUGCCAGCAGCACAUUCCCCACCAGGCACAACGGCGAUGGCUUUGGAUGCGCGUCUGGAUGCGACUGCGGAUACACGCGCGAGCAAACCUAUGAAUGGCACAGGUGUCAAGACUGCCACAUCGCCACAUCCAACAGGAACGACAACAAGAGCAACAACAACAACACCAGCAGCAGCAGCAACAGCGACAACAGCAACGACAGCGACUACAACGACCAAGCCAAUGGCAAUGGCACCAGUGAAACCAGCAGCAGCAACAACAACAACAACAACAGCAGCAGCAGCAACAACAACAACAACAACAACAACAACAACAACGACAGCGACAACAGCAACAACAGCAACAACAACAACAACAACAGCAACGACAGCGACUACAACGACCAAGCCAAUGGCAAUGGCACCAGUGAAACCAGCAGCAGCUUUUGAGCCAUCAGGCAGUGCCGGCCGAUGGGUUUUGUUGUUGUUGUUGUUGUUGUUGUUGUUGUUGUUGUUGUUGUUGUUGUUGUUGUUGUUGUUGUUGUUGUUGUUGUUGUUGUUGUUGUUGUUGUUGUUGUUGUUGUUGUUGUUGUUGUUGUUGUUCCGACUGCAAGGCAGCGGGCUGAUUGGACUGUGUGAUCCACAACAACCUGCCAAACCGUCAUAUUGGAAGAUCCAUACGCCUUCGGGGACAGGCGAGGACUGGGUUGUGUCGGCGGCGCUUGACGCGAUUGCGGCCGCGGGCCAGGGGGCGAGCAGUGCCAUCGUGUGCAUGGCGUGUGUUGCGCUGCUGGCUGUUGGUGUGCACCCAAGCGACCUUGGCUGCAUCACGCUUCCGCCACCAGACACGCUGCGUGAGUGGCUGCUGUAUGUACUUGCGGAAGGCACAUGCGAGAGCCCAGGGGCGCUUCUGCUGGACUUGAUUCCGUCAGCAACACGCGUACCCAUGCGAUGUGCCGCACUGUUGCAGCGGCAGCGAGACACGCUGUUCAACAAGGACAAUGCUGAUGGCGAUGAUGAUGAUGAUGAUGAUGGUGAUGAUGGCGAAGGUGAUGGUGGCCUUGUGCUUGAGCCUCGCAGGCUGGCCAGGCAAGACUGCACGUCACUGCAUCAGCAACACAUGCAGCCACAGCAGCAAAUGCCGGAGGGCAAGAAAGAACCACAUGCGUGGUUUGGGAACAACCUGAGCGGUGGAAGAAGAAGUGGUUACGGUGCUGGUUCACAUGGCAGUGGACAAGGGGAUGCGAUGAGCUCAGAGCUGACCCGUCAAGCGAACACGUGCGAUGGUGAGGACAUCGGCGGGAUCGGGUGGGGAGAGCAUGUGACGAAACGGCACAAGGCAGAAACGCCAACCAUGACAAUGGCGGCCGGCGCACCGCCUACAUCACUGCCGCCUACAUCACAGCCGCCUACAUCAGCUUCAUCAUCAGCAUUAUGCCAGCGGGUGCCGUCGCAGCGUGUCCACCAAAGUGCGCACAACAAUGUGUAUCUUCCAUCUACGCUGGAGGGAGAGCCGACACCCUACUUGCCGCCAAAAGGCAGUCAUGUCACCGGCAGCGACCACACUGGCAACGCCAAUUACGAUGGUGAAACUGAAACGGAUGAUGAUGACGACGAUGAUGAUGAUGAUGAUGAUGAUGAUGAUGAUGAUGAUGAUGAUGAUGAUGAUGAUGAUGAUGAUGAUGAUGAUGAUGAUGAUGAUGAUGAUGAUGAUGAUGAUGAAGCCGAUAGUGACCGUGGUGACGGCAGGCUGGACCCUAGGGGCCACGAGGAUGUCGCAAAUGACAGCGACAACGACAACAUCGACGACGGCAGCGGUGGUGAUUGUGAUGCGCGACUGAUUCAGUGCCCCGUUGCUGUCUAUCCCGCAAACUGCGCGCAACAACAUUGCUGCACCGCGCGGAAGACAGCACCUCCAUUAGGCCUGUUGCGUGUGAGGCCGUGGGCCGUGCAGUACCAGCAAUUACAAGUCUGGCAGCAGCGGCACCUUGCCUGCAGGCAACGCCUCCUGCGCCGUCGAUGUCAACAGCAUCAAGGACUGCAGCCAUGGCAACUGCGACUGCAACAACGCACACCACACGCAUGUCACAUGCAAGGACAACCUUCGCUGGUGCCACCAUCACAACAACAACAACAACAACAACAACAACAACAACAACAACAACAACAACAACAACAACAACAACAGACAACAACAACAACAACAACAACAACAACAACAACAACAACAACAACAACAACAACAACAACAACAACAACAACAACAACAACAACCAAAGUACCAAUCUGUUGCUGGGCCACACUUGUCAGUGCCACAGCAGCCUCUGUUCCCAGUGCGACAAACAGACGCCAUGCAAACGAGCUGCAACAACAACCAAUUGUUAUCAAUUGCGCCGUUCCCGCCUGCACCCCUUCCAGGCAGCCACACCAGCUUGCAUUUCAGCGCCUUCCAUUGCAGCAGCACCACCAACAACAAACAUGGGCUCGUGACACAUCCCAUCAAGAUGCCGUGCUGUUUCCUCUACCGCAAGCGACAGCAGUUGUACAGCGCAAUCCGCACACGUACUCGUAAACGCGUGUGACUCUUAUUUCUCUGUUCUCUGAAGGUUUCCAACCUCUGCUUGUUCGUUGUUUGAUUCACUGUUCUCGUUUGCUUGUUUGGUCAGUUGGUU